UGGAGCAGCUUUAUCAUUUGCGUCCCGUGGAGAGUGCAGCAGCAGCGGCAGCCAUGAACAUUUACAGCCUCAGUGUGGCUAAAUGAUCAUCUAAAUGCACUCUGUACUGUGAAUCUCUUUGCCAGUGUUUUUACUUCAAAUGUCCGCUUGAUAGACUAUAAAGCUAGCUUAGCUUAGCAUACUAGCAGUAGACAGACUGACGGGCACGGAACUCAGCCGUAGAGAGCCAGCGAAGUUACUGUUAGAAUGCUAGCAGUGCUUUUGAACGAGUUUAUCUGGAGAAUAAGUCACUUUCUUUAUGUGAAAAUGUUCAUUUUGUAAGUUGGAAGUGUUUUUACAAACCAGAAGCACUCUGUUGAAGAUACACCGGACAGUUGGAAAAUGGAAACUCCUGGACGCUGUUUUCUUCCCUCAGCUUUACUGAAACAGAACAGACAUCCAGCUGCUGUUGGUGAGCUCCUCCCUGAGCAGGAGGAGUGGAGCCCCAGUCUGGACCAGGAAGACACUGAGCCGCCAUGCAUCAAAGAGGAAGAGGAUGAACUUUGGAGCAAUCGGGAAGGACUGGAAGAGGCUGAUAUUAUCAAGUUCACAUUUAAUCCUGUCUCUGUGAAGAGUGAAAAUGAUGAGGAGAAAAAUCAGACAUUGCUGCUUCAUCAAAUAAAAACAGAAGAAAUAGAAAGUGAAAGUGAAGGAGAGGACUGUGGAGGAUUGGAGCCUGCAGUGGACCAGGACCCAGAGAGAAUUUCAAAUUCAGACACUGAGGACAAAAAUAAAGACUAUUCUGAAGCUGAGACUGAAGAUUGUGAAGCUUUCAGCUUUAACACUGAGUGUCAGUCAGUGGAAAAGACUAAAUAUAAGAGGCCAAAGACUGAUGAGAGUUCACACAUCUGCUCUCAGUGUGGUAAAUCAUUCAAAGAGAAAAGCUAUCUAGAUAUACACAUGAGAAUUCAUACAGGGGAAAAGCCCUUCAGCUGCUCUGAAUGUGGAAAAUGUUUUAAUCAAAGAGGGAAUCUAAUUCAGCACAUAAAAAUUCAUCAAAAUGAGAAACCCUUUAGCUGCUCUGAGUGUGGUAAAAGCUUCAAACUUAAAGGAAAUCUACUUCAGCAUAUGAAAAUUCACCAAAAUGAGAAACCGUUUGGUUGUUCUCAGUGUUUUAAAACAUUCAAACAAAAGGGGGCUCUAAAACAACACAUGAGAAUUCAUGAAGGUGAAAAGGCCUUCAACUGCCCUGAGUGUGGUAAAAAAUUCACAAAUAAAGGACAAGUGUCUGCACACAUGCUAGUACACACUGAAGAGAAGCUUUUCAGCUGCUCUGACUGUGGCAAAGGAUUUAAACGUCAGCAUGAUCUGACCAGACACAUGUUGGUACACACGGGAGAGAAACCCUUCACCUGCCCUGAGUGCGAUAAAGGAUUUUACCAAAAGUUUCAUUUGACUACCCACAUGUUACUUCACACCGGAGAGAAACCCUACUGCUGCCCUGAGUGCAAUAAGAAAUUUAAGCAAAAGUUUCAUCUGACCAAACACAUGAUAGUUCACACAGGAGAGAAACCUUUUAGCUGUCCUGAAUGUGCUAAAAGUUUUUACCACAAGGCUAAUUUGACCAAACAUCUGGCACAUCACAGAGGGGAGAAACCCUACAGCUGCAAGGUUUGUGAGCAAAGAUUUUCCUGGUGCACACAGUUAAAAAGACACAAGUGUGCUGUUGGCCAGGCCACUGUUUUUCAUCAGGCAAAGAAGAAAAGCAAGUCGGAUAAAACAGCAGCUGAUGGCAAAGACCGUGGAGGAGCUGGACCAUGUAGGAGUUCUGAUCGAGAGAGACAAUCAGAGAUUGAGGUUAUGAUUGACAACUUUUCUGACCUUGAGAGUGAAGAUAGUGAUGAUGAACAGUGGGAGACCAGAGGUGAGGAAUCAAGUUUGAACUCUUUUAGAAAUGAUUAUAUAUCUCAGAGUGCAGAAACAUUUGACAGCAUCCAAUCGCCCUGCCAUGAGUCCAAUGAAACCUGCAACACCAGUGAGCUUAUAAUGAUCAACAGAAAAAGAGAAGAGAGCCUUUUCAGUGGCCCAGGAUGUAUGAGAGGAGGUUUGGACCAACACAGAGUCCACAGAGGGGCAAAGCAGGAGAACCCUGAUCCCACACUUACUGAAGAGGAAGAGGAGGAUCUCUGGAGCAGUGGGCCUGACACAAUCAAGUUCCCUUUCACCACUGUCUCUGUGAAGAGUGAAGAUGAUGAAGAGAAACUUCAGAUCUCACAGUUUCAUCAAAGACAAAUUGAACAGAUGGAAACCGUAGCUGAACAGGCCAGGAACUCAGAUCAAGAGAGACAUUUACAACCAAAGACUGAGGUCAAGACUGAAGAGUUGUUUUGACCUUGAAGGACAGUGAUAACUGGAAAGAGAUCAGAGACUAGUAGUACAGAUUUGACCACAAGUUAUUUUAUGGUUCUUGUCCUCGAUGAGAUGUAUUGCUCGUGAGAAACCACUGCACUGAUCUGAGCUAAUGCACUCACCUGGAGUCACUGAUGCAACUCUUUAACAUCGGCUGAUUGUUAACAAACAUUGGCAGAUAAUGUAGCAUGAACAGAUAUCAGCUGACAGUGUUUAUCUCCUGUGUGUCCUCUGGCAUACCUAGCUGCUGAAUCACAUUACAGAUUUUUUAUUGGCCAGAGGGUGUCACCUAUUUGUAAACUGGGAUCUUUUUUCAUGGUCAGACAAGAAAAAUUGUUGGUAUAGUAGAAGUCUUAUACAAAAAGAAGUAACUGACAAACAGUGGUAUCAGUAAUCAGCUGAAGUGUU